AUGGUUGCUGGUAUUGCUGUUGUUACUUGUCUACAAUUCUUUGGACUUCUCGAAAGUCCUGUCAGCGCCCGGGACUUGUCUGUCUUAUCUCUUUCACAUGGGGAAUCUUACCAAGCAAAGAGCGUUCUCAAACCGCUUGAAAUUGAUGCAAGUAUCGAUAGAUAUAUAGAAGAGCAUCUCCCAGAACCCACCGAUGCUCUAUCGACGAUCUACGACAAGAGUUUGCCAAUCCCAAACAGUGAUUUGUGGUCUGUACAGGGAAGAUUCGUCGUGCUCACGUUUGCCAAUGCAGAGUACUUUGAGAACUUGCUCAUCAACAACUGGAUGUGUUCGUUGCGAGCACUCGAUAUUGACAACUUUGUCGUUGUGCCCAUUGAUGAAGCAGCAUCAUUGGCGGCUCAGAGAGUUGAUGACUCCAUUCUCCCUCCAGAUUCGAUCUACUGGGAUUCUUCUUUCUGGAUGCUACUUGGCGAAGGGUCAAAGAGGGACAACAUCACUUCCUUUUCUGGACAGCUUCGAAAGGGAUUCAAGCCGACUGAGAUAUUCAUCGAGUUUAUUUGGCGUCGUGCUCAGUUUGUUCGAACGUUGCUUACAAGAUACCCCGAUUUGAACAUCGUCUUGUCCGAUGCCGACACUACUUGGGCGCAUCGCCCUUGGGACGUUGUUCCACAAUACUUCAACCAAACAAAUGCAUGCGACAUGUUUUUUACAAAUGACGUUGAAUAUGGGGAAACAGAAGAACCUCUUCGUACUGUGGAGCCAUUGUCCGGAUUCAUCAUGAUCCGCAACCGAGAUGUAGUUCAUGAACUGUAUCAGAAAUGGAUCAAAGCAGCAUUAGUUUUCCACAACAAGAUCAGCCAAGUAUGCGAGCCGCCAUACAGACCUUCAAAAUGA